GGCCGCCCGGCUGCUGCAGGUGGGGCUGCUCACAGUGAGGGACAGCCCAGCGUCCUGGAGGACCGCGCGGUGAGCGCAGAAUGUCCCGCGGUGACUCCGAGCGGGUGCGCUACUGCGCGCGCUUCUCCUAUCUCUGGCUCAAGUUCUCGCUCACCGUUUACUCCACGGUGUUUUGGCUGAUCGGGGGCCUGGUGCUGUCGGUGGGGAUCUACGCAGAGGUCGAGCGGCAGAAAUACAAAACCCUUGAAAGUGCCUUCCUGGCCCCAGCCAUCAUCCUCAUCCUCCUGGGGGUCAUCAUGUUCAUCGUCUCCUUCAUUGGCGUGCUGGCUUCCCUCCGUGACAACCUGUGCCUCCUCCAAGCGUUUAUGUAUGUCCUUGCGAUUUGCCUCAUAAUGGAGCUCGCUGGUGGCGUGGUGGCCUUGAUCUUCCGGAACCAGACCAUCGACUUUCUGAAUGACAACAUUCGAAGAGGAAUCGUCAACUAUUACGAUGAUCUGGACUUCAAAAACAUCAUGGACUUUGUUCAGAAGAAGUUCAAGUGCUGUGGUGGGGAGGACUACCGAGACUGGAGCAAAAACCAGUACCACGACUGCAAUGCCCCCGGACCCCUGGCUUGUGGGGUGCCCUAUACCUGCUGCUUCAGAAACACGACGGAAGUUGUCAACACCAUGUGUGGUUAUGGAGUUAUCAAAGAGGAGCGCCUCAGCGUGCAUCACAUCAUCUACGUGCGCGGCUGCACCAACGCCGUGCUCAUCUGGUUCAUGGACAACUACACCAUCAUGGCCGGCCUCCUGCUGGGCAUCCUGCUCCCCCAGUUCCUAGGGGUGCUGCUGACGUUGCUGUACAUCACCCGGGUGGAGGACAUCAUCAAUGAGUACUUUGUCACCGAUGGGCUCCUGAGGUCUGGGGCCAAGUCCAGCAUGGAGGAGGCAGGCGCCGGAUGCUGCAUGUGCUACCCCAAUUAGGGCCCCAGCCUGGGGCUGCAGCUCCGGCAGGUUGUACUGGCCAGCCCCUCCCAGGCCACACCGUGGGGGCUGGACAGGCAGUGGCCCAUUGCUCCCAACUCAAUCCUGACCAAAGCCCUGGCUGUUUGCCAUGGUGUCUGCUCAGAGGCCUCACAGCCUUGCCUCUCAGGGGGGUGGGGGGGCAUGGAGCCCUACCCCUCCUCCGCUCCAGGAUCUGUGCCCACCAUGAGCUCCGCUGGGCGUGGGGAGCGGGGAGGCCCUGCUGCAGGCCUGGACACUGCAGUCAGGAACUCAGUGCUCAGCUCAGGGCCCAUUUCACUUCUGUCAGUGCCUUGGCCUGUGGUGGCUACACAUCCUUGGGGACAGUCUUGUAGUAAUUUGCGAGCAGGGAAAGACGAGAGCAUAUGUGCCCCAUAAUGAUGGAGGGAUGGGGUCCAGCCUCUGGGACCCUCAUUCCCUCAGCCAUGCUUCAGAUGCCCCUUUGGGUCUCCCAGGUGCCUUGAAGUUCUCCAAGGGCCACUGCUUUUGCAGACCCUAUUUUUUUAUGUGACUUUUGUAUACAGUUAACAGGAGUUUCUGACUAAUAGAAGUUGGAUGUUUCCCUAUGACCCUGCUCUUGCCCUUCCAAGUCAGUUUGUUAAUCAAACAUUAAAAAUGUGGGGUUUUUUGUUUUGUUUUG